AUGGUUCGGUCGGAUGAUGCAAUGGUUCAGAUCAAAAGCAUCCGUUUCCAUCUGGCUACGGAGUCGGAUGUUUUCCGUCUUGCCCAUGUUCCGAUUUUGAAAUAUCUUCUUUACCUGGAGGGGGUGAGCCCUCGAAGAUGCGUCGACUACGGUCUUCUUGACCCUAAACUUGGUGCUACAAAACGCAAUGAAUUGUGCAGCACUUGUGGUUUGGAUCAUCAAACGUGUAUUGGACACUGGGGCUACUUUGAUCUCCCCAUGCCUGCAUUUCAUAUUGGUUACCUUUGGCACAUAGUGAAAAUCUUGCAGUGUAUUUGCAAGAACUGUUCCCGAGUUCUGUUGCCUGACCGAGUCAAGAGUCGCUAUGUCUCUAUCUGUUCUAAUUCGAAUCUGGAAUACAUACAGAAGAAAAUGUUACGGAAAGCUCUGCAUAAAAUGGCUAGCAGAACAACGAUUUGUCCUCAUUGUAAUGCUGUCAAUGGCACUGUCAAGAAAGGGAAUGGCUUAUCAUAUGUCGUUCACGAUACAUCAAAGAAUCUUGCUAAAAAAGCAGAUAAAAAAUUAGCAAAGUAUGCAAGUGGAGGCGAAGCAAACCCGGAAAUUACUACCUUAGCUCGAAAGUGUGUGGUGGCAUUAAGGCCGUCGCGUGUCUUAGACCUUUUCUCGAAGAUUCCAACACAAGAUCUUCCCUUAAUUUUGAUGCCUUUUGACUCUGAAUGGUUUUCUCACCCUCGAAAUCUUAUAAUUGAACGCAUCCCUGUUUGUCCAAGUGCUCUCAGACCUUCAGUUGUUUCUGAAGUAAAAAGCGGAACAAAUGAAGAUGAUUUAACCCAGAUGUACCAGUGGGUAUUGGCUCAGGCGGCAACACUGGAGGAGGACCUGUCGGAGCCGGAUUGGAUAGCCACUUUCGACAAUCUUCAUUCGGAAAUCGCCCGUCUCAUCAACUCUCAGCACUCCGGGCUGCCAAUUGUCCACGAGCACAAAUUUAUGCGAGGUUUGCUACAACGCCUAUCUGGCAAACACGGUCGCUUCCGUGGUAAUUUGUUGGGUAAAAGAACAAAUUUUACCGCUCGCACAGUUAUCUCUCCGGACCCCAAUCUUCGCAUUGAUGAGGUUUGUAUCCCAGACCAUUGUGCCAAGCUUCUUACCUAUCCGGAGCGCGUUACCGAAUUUAAUUUGGAAUUUCUUCGAGGACUUGUGCUGAAUGGCCCCUAUAAACAUCCGGGCGCCCUUUUUGUCAGAUAUAAGUCGUAUACCAGCAGAUCAGAACAAUCAGCAAAGGAUCCUGAUGUUGUGAAGAAGUUUCUGGCUAGUCCCAAGGUUCGCGAGAGUGUUGCAAAAACUCUCCGCGUUGGGGAUAUUGUGGAUCGACAUCUCAUUGAUGGUGACAUUGUCCUAUUCAAUCGCCAACCCUCUCUCCAUCGUGUGUCAAUGCAAGCUUUUAAGGCUGUCGUGAUGAGUAACAGAACGUUCCGUUUCAACCCGUGUUGUUGUCCACCUUUCAACGCCGAUUUUGAUGGUGAUGAAAUGAAUGUUCAUCUACCGCAGACUGAAGAAGCUCGUGCUGAAGCUAAACACCUUAUGCUUUCCCUCCGGAACAUUGCCAGUCCAAAAAAUGGCGAACCUCUGAUAUCUCCUAUACAGGAUCUGAUCACAGCCACUCAUAUGCUCACUUUGAAGGACGUUUUUUUCACUUUUGAUCAGGCUUGUCAGUUAGCCUGCCAGCUCGUAGCGGGCUCGCACAUUGGUUGCAAAAUCCAGUUACCGACACCAGCCCUUCUUUGGCCUGUAAAAUUGUGGACAGGGAAACAAAUUUUUAGCCUGGUUAUGUCACCCCAUCACUCUGAUAUGGUUAAAAUAAAUUUACGUGUGCCAACGAAGUCGAUCUACUCGGGUAGUCAGGAGGAACUCUGCCCCGCUGAUGGGUUCGUGGUAAUAGACAACAGUGAACUGUUGGCGGGGUGCAUGGACAAGAAAUUGUUGGGCAGUGGAAGCAAAUCGAGUAUCUUCUACUCUAUCCUGCGUGACUUUGGUGGGGAGGCCUGUGCGGAUGCAAUGUGGCGUCUCUCACGUAUCGGCCUCUUUUACUUAUCCCACCGCGGCUUCUCCAUUGGUAUCGAGGAGGUCACACCUGACGCCAAACUCGUGGCUGCUAAGCAGAAGCUUAUUAAUCAGGGAUUUGCGAAUUGUGAUCACUACAUUCAUCAGUACGAGACUAACACACUCUCAUGCAAUCCCGGGUGCAGCACAGAAGAGACACUGGAGGCAAGUUUCCUCAAUAGAUCUUAUUGUUCAGGUGCGAACUUAAGCCAGGAGUUGUCAAAGAUCCGCGACGAGGCGGGUUCUGCAUGUAAGCGCACCCUGCAUCCCUCCAACUCACCGUUGGUUAUGGCGCAGUCGGGCUCGAAGGGCUCCUUCCUAAACAUCUCUCAGAUGAUUGCCUGUGUGGGCCAACAGAUCAUUGGGGGUCGACGCAUCCCCGAUUGCCUCAAUGGGUCGCGUAGUCUUGUUCACUUUCCGCCGGGAUCGCGCACCCCCGCGGCCAAGGGCUUUGUGAGCAAUAGCUUUUACUCUGGUCUCACGCCCUACGAGUUCUUCUUUCACGCCAUGAGCGGUCGUGAGGGUCUUACUGACACUGCUGUCAAAACCGCCGAUACCGGAUAUAUGCAGAGGCGGCUUGUCAAAUUCCUCGAGGACCUGACAGUGACCUACGAUGGAACAGUGCGUGACAGUCGUGGUGACAUUGUUCAGUUUCGGUACGGUUCAGACGGACUAGAUCCCGGGGAAAUGGAGAUGGAAAACUUUCCGGCUGAUCUCAAACGCGAGUUGGCUAACAUCAAGGGCAUUUCACCGUGCCGUUCGGAGCCAUCAAUGACUCCCGGAGAGGUGGAAAUUGCCAUAAACGCUGCUCUCAAUCUUCCUGCCUUCAAAAACGUCGACGAAACCCUAUCCGCCUGCAUAAAAACUUUUUUCAUGAAUGAGGUCCUCCCGAAAAUGCGAUCGGCGCGAGGCUUGAGGUUGGCAGAGGUGACGGAGGGUGUGGAGGCCGAGCCACAACGUCUCACACGUACCCAACUACGCCUCUUUCUGAUGCGCGUGAAGAAGAAAUUCGAGGGAGCUCUCAUCGAACCGGGUACAGCCGUGGGCGCUCUCUGCGGACAGUCCAUUGGUGAACCCGCCACUCAGAUGACUCUCAAGACCUUCCAUUUUGCUGGAGUUGCUAGCAUGAACAUUACUCAGGGUGUGCCACGAAUGCGGGAGAUAGUAAACGCAGUGGCAAACAUACGUACCCCGCUGUUGAGCGUGGCAAUAACGGAUCCGACCUCAGCGAGUCUGGCGCGUCGUGUAAAGCUGUUAAUAGAGCCGACGCGGUUGGCGGAUGUAGCGCUACGCCUGCGCCAGUGCCUCUCGCCAGACGAGGUGUAUGUGCGUGUGGAUUUGGAUUUCAAGCGGAUGGCGCGUCGUGAAAUCACCGCGGCGCAAGUUGCAAAUGCGGUACGCAACGCUAGCUGGAGCACAAGACGGCUCAAGCUCUCCCGUGUCACCUUCUCCGACACUCAUCUAACUAUUUAUCCUGCUGAUAUGAAUCGCCUGGAACUCCUCGUUCAGAUGCUUGAAGCCGUUGUUGUCAAAGGCAUCCCUGGCGUUUCUCGGGUAGUGAUUCAAGAGGACAAAGACGGUAAACACAACAUAUUCGUUGAAGGCGCAAAACUGAGAGAGGUAAUGUGCGUGCCAGGAGUAGUGCCGGAGGCGACACGAAGCAACAACAUUCUUGAGGUGGAGCGCUGUCUGGGCGUCGAGGCAGCGCGUCGCGUUGUCAUGACCGAACUCCUCACAGUUAUGGAGGGACACGGCGUUGAGGUAAACAUCCGUCACGUUAUGCUCCUCGCUGAUCUCAUGGCCAAUAGGGGCGAAAUCUACGGUUAUCAGCGCAGUGGCAUGGCGAAGGCGAAGAACAGUGUGCUGUGUCUUGCCUCAUUUGAACGUACCGGCGAUCACCUCUUUGAGGCCGCAUAUCAUGCUCAGGACGAUACAUUAUCAGGCAAGUAA